UGCAUAAUGGCGGUAACCCUCGCUCGAAGGGGGAAUCCUUCAAGUAUCUGUCUUAACCUUCUGAUUUCAGGAAGACACUGGUGUUAUUUCGGGAUCAAGAGUAACAACGAAGCUGUUUUUAAGGCUGAUACAAUUAGAAAGUUUUGGAAAACGGCGAGCUUUUCCACCUCUACGAUUAUGAGCUCUCUCGAUUUGAGUGGGAUUUUUCCCCCGAUUGUGACACCAUUUGCAGACAACGAAGAGGUGAACUAUGACAAGUUUAAAGAUAAUUUCAGCAAGUGGAACGAGAUGACAUUCAGUGGGUAUGUUGUUCAAGGAUCCAAUGGUGAAUAUGCAUAUAUGAGAGCUGAAGAGAAGAUUGAUUUAGUCCGUAAAGUGAGAGAACUAGCACCCAAAGGCAAACUUAUUUUGGCAGGAUCAGGUUGUGAAGCUACAAGGGAUACCAUAGAGAUGACAAGUGAGAUGGCUGAAGCAGGUGCUGAUGCAGCACUUGUUGUGACACCUUCUUUCUAUAAAAGAGGUAUGACUGCAGAAGCUCUUGAGAAUCACUUCACUAAGGUCGCAGACAGCUCACCAAUACCGGUUGUACUGUACAGUGUACCAGCUAACACAGGAAUUGACUUACCCGCUGAGUGCAUUAUUAAGUUAUCAUCUCACCCAAAUAUUAUUGCUCUAAAGGACAGUGGAGGAGAUAUCACCAAGAUUGGUUACGUGAUCCACAAGACUGCUGGAAACAAUUUUCAAGUUUUAGCUGGAUCAGCCAGCUUUCUUUUAGCUUCAUAUUGUCUUGGUGCCGUAGGAGGCGUGUGCGCUCUGGCAAACGUUUUAGGAAGAGAAGUUUGCAAGCUGCAUGAACUGCACAAACAUGGCAAAAUGGAGGAAGCUAAGCUUCUGCAGCACAAAUUAAUUCUCCCAAACACAGCGGUAACCAAGACAUUUGGUGUUCCGGGACUGAAGAAAUCCAUGGAGUUUUUUGGCUUCUACGGAGGACCCACAAGAUCUCCACUCCUACCUCUGAAAGAGUCACAAGAAGCUGAACUAAGACAAAUUUUCAAACAGUUUGGAGGAUACCAGGAAUAGAUGACAGUUCAUCAACCCUUUUCUCCCAACAUCAGUAUACAUAAUCUCCAUACUGUUCUCUAUAUAUUUCCUAAGAUUUUGGCUGGGAAAAAUUGUUCCACAAUCAGAGCUUUAAUUGGUGAUCAUUUCCUUUACUCUCGUGACCUUAAUGUGUGAUUGAAGGCUGAUAUUGUGAGGAGAAACUAGAGACCAGUCUCUCUCUAGGGGUAAAGAAUUAAGACAGUUUCCGUACUCUGGAUAUGAAAGAAUGUUUUAGGUAACCAGAAUAUUUUCUGCACUAGUAUCGCAGAGGUCAGUGGUUCGAAUCCCGUACAGGCCUGAAAUUUUUUUCAGGUCUGAUUUCCA